GCCCCGCAUGCGGUCCGGCUCCAGCAUCGUGGUGGUGGGCGCUGACGAGGAGAAGUGUCCGCCGCCGGAUGACGACAAAGACAUGCUCACUAUGCUCUCGCUCACCUCCGACACCGGUCCCCACCGCGAGAUGGCGGUGGACGUUCCGGACAGCUUCAUCGCGAGAAACAAAACGCCGCCGCGCUACCCGCCGCCGCGCCCGCCGCAGGUACGCCUCCGGACUUGCAGGGAUGAGGAGCCUCUCCUCUCCUCCGGCGGCUCCGGCACCAGCUUCGGCAGCAAGCAGAGCACCGUGCUGCACAGCAUCGACGUCUCCGGGCCCAGCUCCGAUGGCUCCGGCAGCUUCAAGAACAAUAGCACCAUAGAGAUGCUCUCCUUACCGCAAAGCUCUGACGGAUCAGGAGCCAGUUUCGGCAGCAAGAAGAGCAAAGGAUCGUCUGAGACAGCCAAGUGCGGAGACUCGGAGAGGUCGGAGUCCGUGGCCUCGAACGCCCAUAGCAUCAGUGAUCAUAAAAUCCAACUGUUGAUAUCAAACGGGGAAGACUCUUUGCUUGACUGCAGGGAGGGAGUGACGUAUUCAGCUCGGACUGAUUCUGUCCUGAUCCGGGAAGCGGUGUACGCGUCGUACAAGCUGCCUCCGGGGUUCGACACCACCCCGGUGCUACUCGGCCGGGAGGUGGCGGUCGACGUGCCCGACACCUUUGUCCAAAUCGUCAAAACCACGCCCAAGUACCCCGGUACCGUGGACAGAAAGAGCGUCGCGUUCCAGGUGAACGGCACUGCGAAGACGUCGGCGCCGGCGGUCCCUCCCAGAGAGGUGGCGCGGGACGCACCGCCGCGUCCCCCCGCGCACGACCUCACUAAGGACCAGGCGGACUCCAUCAGGAAGUACCAG